UAAGUAGGGGUUAAAAAAAUACUAGGAACAAAACCAUGCUGCUGCUUUCUGAUGUAGGGUCUCUGUAGAGAGCUCAGGGUUAACCUUCUGUAGCUGAUGUAAACAAUCUUUGUGAAGCACAGGCUCAUCAGGCUAACUGUUGCUUUACGGCAUUUAGGACGUUAGAGGAAGGCAGUGUGUAGUGAGUGAAGUGUAAACAAGGAGAGUGUCAUCUGGGAGCUGCUCUUACUGACCUGGGUGAAGUGGAAGAUAGACGUGGUGACUGGCGACUCGUGACAUCCCUCUUCGCUCCCCAUGGAGCGGUACACGCUGACAAUCUGAGAGGAUUUCUCAUCUCUACACUGGGUCGUUCACUCAUCAACCACACACACAGAGAGAGAGAGAGAGAGAGAGAGAGAGAGAGAGAUGGGCUUUUAAUGCACAGACGUACCAUCUCAUGAUGUGCAAGCCACACUGCUGACUCCUGGGUAACCAUCUGAAUAUUGGUGCCUGCAUGCCAGCAUCGCCCUCACACUCCAGCGUGCAGAAUGGCAUCGAACGAGAGACUGUAUGAGGUCUGGCUGUUGUACUGCAACAAGAGGGAUCCUGAUUAUCUGAAGCUGUGGUUGGAGAUUUUUAUCGGCACAUACGACCGCAGUCUGGAUGUGGACUUUGAGAAACAGCCGAUCAGGGUGGAGGAGGUGCCCCCGGUCCUGUCUCUGCUCCCUGAUAACAUCCUGCAGGUUUUGCGUGUUCAGCUUCUACAGUGCGUUCAGAAAGCUUCGAUCGGACUCGAGCAGGAACAGCAACACCUCUCUCUGCUGCUACUCAAGUUCCUCAUCAUCAUCUGCAGGAACGUGUCUAAUGUGGAAGAAAUCGGCACCUGCUCCUACAUCAAUCAAAUCAUCACCAUGACGACGCUCUACAUCCAGCAGCUGAAGAGUAAGACUAAAGAGAAGGAGCUGGUGGAUCAGACGCAGGCUGAGGAGUUUGUGAGACAUGCGCUGGCUUUCUGCGAGUGUCUGUAUGAUCCAUACCACAACUGGAGACACCGCAUACACGGGCAGCAGAUUAGCACCGUGGAGAAGAGCAGGCAGAAGUUUAAAGCAGCUGCUCUCACUGUUGAAUUUGUUCCUUUUUUCUACCAGUGUUUUCAGGAGAGUGAGCAUCUGAAGGACAGUCUGAAGUGUUGUCUCCUCCACCUGUUUGGAUCCAUAGUUGCAGGUGGACAGCGUAACGCUCUCCUGGCCAUCUCCCCCGCCACCAUGGAGGUGUUGUUGGGUGUACUAGGUGCUGGGGGGUGCAUAGGGGAUGGAGAGGAUUGGGACGGAGCCGGCCCAGAUCAGAAGGCGGUGCUCACUCUGUGCUGUCUGAGGGAAGUAGUGCACAGCCUGCUGGCCAGCAGCUCCGAUCAGAGACAGGUGGAGAUCAGCACCGUGCUCGACAGCUACUUCAAACUGCUCAACUACGACCCCAACACCCCUGGGGUCAAAGGUCACCCAGCUCCGCUCCGUUCCCAGCAUUGGGAGAGUCGGUUGGUGGCGCUGCAGGUGAACAUGCUCGACACGAUACAGGACAUGUUUGAUUGUUCUGACCGUCCCGUUCUUCAGGCCAUCUUCCUCAACAGCAACUGUUUUGAGCACCUGACUCGCCUCUUACAGAACAGCAAGCUGGUAAACGUUAGGUUCGCCGCAGCAGACAAAGAGCAGAAAGAUUUAACCAACAGAUUACUGACAGGAGAGAUUGAAAGCCAGGUCUUUGAAGGCAGGCUGGACUCUCUCGCCGUGGCAACAAUCAAAACCCUUACCACGGUGAUGCACAAAUCGCCUGCCGCCAAGGAAGUGUUUAAGGAGCGGAUUGGCUACACCCACCUGUACGAGGUGCUCGUGUCUCUGGGACAGCCAUCCAGGAACCUGCUGAAGGAGCUCAUGAACAUGGCGGUGGAGGGCGAUCACUCUUCGGUGGGUUUUUUGGGGAUCAGUAACGUUGAGCCGCUCCUCCUCCUGAUCCGCUGGCUGCCGGAACUCAACUCAUCCGAGCUUCAGAUCUUCGUGGCCGAUCGGCUACGGAGGAUCUGUGCCUUAAACCGCCGCACAAGGGCCGCCUGUGUCAACGCACGCAUGCCAGAGUGUGUUCUGUCCACACUCGAGACGGACACUAGUCUGCCACGUGUAUGUGCAGAGAGCCUUCUGGCUCUUCUGGGUGCUCUGGGGGCAGAGUCUCUGAGCGGUGCAGAGCUCCAGCGGCUUCUGAGCCUUCUGAGGAACCCUGAGAACCGCCCUCAUCCUUACACCGAGCCAGUGCUGCGCUCACUGCUCGCCAUGCUUCGGAAACAUACGCUCCACAGCGCAACACACUACUUCGAUCUGACCCCACCCAUGGCAGGCAUCGCUGUGCCCAGCAUUUCCAGGUGGCCAGGCUCGGCCUUUUGCUUCUUAGCUUGGCUGUCGCUGGAUCAGGACCAAUUGGACCCAACCGGCAAGGGCGAAAAGAGAAAGCAGUUGUACAGUUUCUUUACACCAGGAGGUACAGGGUUUGAGGCCUUUAUAAGCUCCUCUGGCUCUCUGGUGGUGGCGGUGUGCAGUAAAAAGGAAUAUGUGACCGUCACACUGCCUGAUUACUGCUUCUGUGACUCACUGUGGCAUUAUAUUGGAGUGGUGCAUGUUCCUGGGAAGAGACCGUUUGGACAGAGUCUCGUCUACAUCUACGUGGACGGGCAGCUGAAGUUGUCCGCACCGCUUAAGUACCCCAACAUGGCUGAGGUGUUCACGUCAUGCUGUAUCGGCUCAGCAGGUCAGCGCACCACCACCCCUCCACCGUCUCAGAUCGCCGACCCCCCACCAUCCCGCACCUCCAUGUGGGGAGGACUGUCCAGGCUGGCUCAGAUUUCCCCAGGGACGCAGGACAGUGAGUGGGGACGACCCACGUCACUGCAGGGACACCUGAGCACUGUGAUGGUGUUUAGUGAUGCUCUGAACACCAACACCAUCAGAGCUCUGUACAACACAGGGCCAAACUGCAUUUCUCCCUUUAAAAGCCAGGAGGCGGAGCUUGGUGACAUCAGCACCAAACUCCUCCUACACUAUUCACCCAAGGCCUGUAAGAACCCCAUCUGUGUGGACCUGUCCCCUAAUCAACUACACGGACGAAUGACCGGGAAUAAGGUGGUGAACUGGGACGUCAAGGACAUCAUAAACUGUAUUGGAGGACUUCCUGUCCUUUUCCCCAUUCUGGAGCAGCUGACCUUGUUAACCCCUGGACAGCAUACUGGUUUCUCAGGGACAGAGAGCAUGACCCCUGAGUCGGUCACGCCCCCUGAGGGAGACUGGGUCAUUCUGCCAUCCAACAGAGCCUCAGAGGCCCGUUUAGAGAAGAAUCUUGUUGCGACCUUCCUGUUAGUGUUGAAGCACUUUCUGCACAGACACACAAUAAACCAGGAGAUGCUGCUGCACACACAUGGAGUGGCCACCCUCGCCGCUCUGCUGCAGAAGCUGCCUGCUUUCCUGAUGGACGUGAGUGUGUUGGUUGCCGUACAGCUGCUGAUUGAGCAGGUGACAUACGACAAGAAUCUCCAUCUCCUGCAACAGCUGCACACACACCUGCUGUUCAACUUCAACAUCUGGAACCAAGGAGACUUUCCCUUGCGCAUUGGUCACAUCCAGUACAUGUCUACCGUUGUCAAAGACAACAGAAAGCAGUUCAGGAAAAAAUACGGCGUUCAGUUCCUGCUCGACACCAUCCGCCUUUACUACAGCAGCGGGAAUCACGACGGCGACAUGAGCGAGGAUGACGUCCUCACCAUCAGAGCGUCCCUUUGUGGCCUUCUCAAGUAUUACAUCAGCAAAGGCACCAGUCAGGAGGAGAUCCAUAGCAUUCUGGGAUACGUUGCUGCUAUCUGGGAUGAAGAGCAUCUGUGUGGUAUCUUUGAGCUACUGCUGAAUCUUCUCCAGACGAGUGUAUCAUGUGAUCAGCUUUUCUUGCUGCUGUUUGAACCAGGAAUGGCCGAUUCCUGCUACGCCCUGCUGCUCAAUCACAAACACUCUGAUCGCCUCCGAGAGCUCAUUUUCAAGCUGUUUGAGCGCAUGCUGAGGUGUGACCGUGUUUAUGAGAAGAGUAAGCAAAGGCUAAGACUGAGAGAAGUGGGCUACUCCGGCCUCACACUCCUCAUACCCGACCUCCACAUCACCCCAACCCUCGUCAAGUGCCUCCUAAACCAAAUCCUCCACACAGACCCUGUGGUGAACUAUAAGGAUCUGAUGGCGCUUGUGCAGCUGACUCAUCGUGCUGACCUGAGUGUGCGCAUGCUCGUCUGUAAGAGGUUAUAUUCCCUGGUGCAGUCCCAGGCAGAUGCAGCACUGCAGAUUUCCCGUCAGCCAUGUUGGCAGGACACACUAAUCCGUGUGUUGGUGCGUAGCUGCAGCGGUGACUCUGGGUCCGGUUCAGGGCGGGGCGACACGGCCAGUCUGGGCAGCGUCGGCUCAAGUCGGGCAGAACUUCCUGUAAGUGUAGAGAGUCUGGAGGAGAACGGUGAAGUGCUGUCUCUGACUGAAACACCCAGUGAGAGCAGGGGGCUGAGGCUGGACCUGAGCCAGGUUCAUGUGCUCGAGCAGGGAGACAGCGGGAGUCGAACUCCCUCACCACUGGAACUCACCAAACCUUUUCCUGGUACAGCACCUGAACGAGAAACCACUUCCUCUCUAGGAGACGACAGCUUCCUGUUCAACGAUAACGUCUCUCUGGGAGAGUCUUUUAACAGCACAGAGCGCAUAGAGGAGGAGCUGGGGCGGAUGAUGUUGGAGAUAGUGCUGUGUGUAAUGUGGAAGGGCGUUUCUGGCUCAGAUGAUGCAGCAUGGCUUGAGAGGGGACAAGUGUUCUCUGCUCUCACCAAACUGGGCACAGCUAACGAGCUCCUGCUGCCUGUCGACCACAUCAAACUCCGUUUGUUAGAACGGAUGCUAGAGUGUGCUGUGAAUGAUAAUCGGGAGUGUUCUGCAGCCGUGUUGCCCGAGCACACGGAAAACGCGGUGCGUCUACUGCAUGUGGUGCAGGACUUCCUGCAGGCUGAGGGGCUGGUAAACCCAGCACUGUGGAGCGAGAGGUUGCUGGAGGAAACGGUCACGUUGAUGGAUGGCCUCAUGGUGUGGUACACUGCCGGAACACAGUGGCACCAGCUCUCACAGCUCGGGCUGAGACUCUUGCUCGGGUUCAUGGCCCAGCCAGACCCUCAGGUGUGUGCCAUGGCAACAGCGAAACUGAACGGGAUCCUACAGAUGAAAACGGUGGAGUCUCAGGACGAGGCGUGUUUCCUGCUUGGCCGGGUCGAGUGCAUCCUUCAGCGCUCACUAGGUGAACAGAAGGAGACGGACGGGAGACGGAAGGACGAAGAGGUGGACGGGAGAAGAAGGGAAGAGGAGACGUACGCGUUCCUGGUUCCUCUGCUCCGAACACUCCUCUCUAAAGUGAACAAGCUGUUAUACAUGGAGCUGCACCUCCCCUUGCUCCCUAACUGCAAUGGAAGCCCCUCUUUCUUUGAGGACUUCCAGCUCUACUGCAGCUCACCUGAAUGGAGGGUGUACCUGGACAAAUAUAUCAUCCCGUACAUGAAGCAGUAUGAGAUCGAGACCUUCAGUCAGGGGCAUGAAAACAUGGCUCUGUAUUUUAAGGACUGUUACGAGGCCUUCAUGGUGAAGUUGCACCUUCGCGAAAGGGAAAGAGGCGAGAGCAAGAUUCGAUUUCAGGACCAGUUUGUGGAGCCAUUUAACCGGCGAGCUCGUCAGGAGAACCUGAGGUACAACAGUAUGCUGAAGCAGAUGCACACGCAGAACAGUGCCAUCCUCAGGCAGUGGAAGGCAGCACGGCGAUCCCUCCUGUGUGACAGAGGGCCCUGGGCUUACAGGCAGCAGAACGAGAUGCACUGGAAGUUGUCAAGUGCAGAGAAUUACUCCCGUAUGCGUCUGAAGCUGGUGAGGAACUACAACUUCGACCCUCACAAAGAAGCUAGCGCUCUGAGAGACAAUCUGGGUGUGCAGCAUAAGCAGGUGAACACUGAGUCUUUGUUGCUUGAGGCUGUGAAGCAGGUGAAGGUCAGCGACCUCGAGGAUGAAAUCCUAGAGCUGCCGGAGGAGGACCCAAGUGGGAACACACAGGCAGAUGAUGAAGAUGCAGGACAGAAGGAGAAGCUGGUGAUGAUGGAGGACUGUGAGCUGGUCACUGUGGUGGAUGUUUAUCCAGGUCGCCUGGAGAUCACCAACCAGCACAUUUACUUCUAUGACAGCAGCACGGAGAAAGAGGAGGGUUUGGGACAGGAUUUUAAAUGGCCGCUGUCUCAGAUCAGAGAGAUUCACCUGCGCAGGUACAACCUUCGUCGCUCAGCCCUCGAGAUCUUCCUCGUCGAUCAGACCAACUACUUCCUGAACUUCCACAAGGAGGUGCGUAAUAAAGUCUACAACCGGAUGCUGCUGCUCUGCUCUCUCUCUCUCCACGGCACUCGUUCACCUCAAGAGCUCCUCAAGGCCUCCGGACUCACCCAGAAAUGGGUGAACAGGGAAAUCUCUAACUUUGACUACCUGAUGCAGCUGAACACCAUCGCAGGCAGAACCUAUAACGAUCUGGCUCAGUAUCCUGUGUUCCCAUGGAUUCUGUCAGAUUACAAGUCAGACGAGCUGGACCUGUCCGACCCGCGAGUGUUCCGCAACCUCUCCAAACCCGUCGCUGUGCUUAACGAGAAAAACGCCAAAGCGGUAAAAGAAAAGUAUGAGAGUUUUGAGGACCCCACAGGAACUAUAGACCGCUUCCACUAUGGCACUCAUUAUUCUAACGCUGCAGGAGUGAUGCACUACCUCAUUCGAGUCGAGCCCUUCACCUCCCUGCACAUCCAGCUGCAAAGCGGAAGGUUUGACUGUGCAGACAGACAGUUUCACUCUAUCCCAGCCACAUGGCAGACGCUCAUGGACAACCCCAACGACGUCAAAGAGCUCAUCCCUGAGUUCUUCUACUUCCCAGAGCUCCUGGAGAAUCAGAACGGCUUUGACCUGGGUCGUCUGCAAAUCUCCAAGGAGCGUGUGAACGACGUCAUUUUGCCGAAAUGGGCCAAAUCUCCUGAGGACUUUAUUUACAAGCAUCGCAAAGCUCUAGAAUCGGAUUAUGUCUCCGCCCACCUCCACGAGUGGAUCGAUCUGAUAUUCGGAUAUAAGCAGAGAGGUCCAGCUGCAGUCGAGGCCCUCAACGUCUUCUACUACUGCACAUAUGAAGGUGCUGUUGAUCUGGACGCCAUCACAGAUGAGAAAGAGAGGAAAGCUGUGGAGGGGAUGAUCAGCAACUUCGGACAGACACCAUGUCAGCUGUUAAAGGAGCCUCAUCCAGUCCGUCUCUCUCUGGAGGAACUGGAGAAGAGGAAAUCUCGUCUCGACACGUGUCCACUUAACAUCUUCGAACAUCUCACCGAUCUCAAGUCGUUCUUUAUCGAGGGGAUCAGUGAUAAUGUCUCCCUGGUGAAAGCAGUGGUCCCAAAGAACCAGUCUCACUCGUUCAUCUCUCAGGGCAGCCCAGACACGCUGGUGACCGUGAGUUACAACUGCCUUAUAGGAACUCACGGCUGGCUCCCUUACGACAAAACCAUCUCCAACUACUUCACCUUCAUCAAAGACCCCACCGUGGCCAAUCAGAAGACCCAGAGGUUCGUGGCAGGGCCGUUCUCCCCAGAUGUGGACAUCUCUACUAAGCUGUUUGUUGUGUCUCAUGAUGGAAAGCUUCUGUUUAGUGGAGGCCACUGGGACAACAGUCUCCGAGUUACAUCGCUGCUGAAGGGGAGGACAAUAGCGCAGCACAUCCGCCACAUGGAUGUGAUAACCUGCUUGGCCACGGAUCACUGUGGGCUUCACCUGAUCACCGGCUCCAGAGACACCACCUGCAUGGUGUGGCAGGUGCUGCAGCAGGGUGGGGCUCCAGUUGGUCUGGGCCCUAAACCAGUGCAGGUGCUGUAUGGGCACACAGAUGAAGUAGUAUGUGUGUGUAUCAGCUCGGAGUUGGACAUGGCUGUUUCAGGAGCACGGGACGGCACAGUGAUGAUCCACACAGUGAGGAGAGGACAGUACCUGCACUCGCUGCGUCCCCCGAGUGAGAGCUCUCUGCCUGUAUGUGUCACACACCUGGCCAUGUCCUGGGAGGGUCACGUGGUGGUACACACCUGUGUGGAGGGCAAGGCCACACUGAAGGAUAAGAACACACUGCAUCUGUACUCAGUGAACGGGAAACACUUGUGCAGCGAGUCUCUGAAGGAGCAGGUGACAGAUGUGUGUGCAUCAGGAGAGUUCAUCAUCACCGGCAGCGAGCAGGGCUUUCUCUCCAUUAGAGACCUGUACAGCCUGGCGCUGUGUGUGUGUCCUGUGGCGAUGCGCGUGCCGAUCCGGUGUGUGUCGGUGCCGAAGGAGCAGUCUCACGUGUUGGUGGGGCUUCAGGACGGAAAACUGAUCGUGGUGGGAGUCGGCAAACCAGCCGAGAUGCGUUCAGGUCAGAUCACACGGAAGCUCUGGGGCUCCAGCAAACGCAUGAAUCAGAUUUCAUCCGGAGAGACCGAAUAUCCCACCCAGGAGCCGAUCUGACUCCGCCCACCACCCAGCCAUUCACCAAUCAGGAUGGAGUGAGGAAGGAAGUGUAGUGUGUACACAGUGUGUCUUGCGGACAUCGGCGAGUGUGUUGGACUGGCGCGGGCGCUGAGGUCCAGCUGAGUGUGUCGGAUUCGAUUAAUACCCCUAGUCACAUCAACACACACGCGCCAACACCUGUAACACCACUGCAACACUGUGUGUGUGUGUGUGUGUGUGUGUGUGUGUGUGUGUGUGUGUGUGUGUGUGUGUGUGUGUGUGUGUGUGUGUGGAAAAAGUUCCAUUUCUUUUCAGUGGCCUUGUAUCUUUUUGCCUUUUAUUUCUUCUCUCUCUCUCUCUCACACACACACAACACAAAAAUGCAUCAUAUGCACCCAUAGGAAGGCUGUUCAGUGUGUGUGUGUGUGUGUGGGUGUGUGUGUGUUUCUGUGUGAGAGAGAGAGAGAGAGAGAGAGAGAGAGAGAGAGAGACUGUCUGAAUGAGUUUUGUGAUUUAUUACUUGAAUUCUGCAUUAUUUAUUAAAAUGAAGGUGAUUCAGUGAUUUUUAACACUUCAGUGAUGAAGGGCUUCAUAACUCUAGUCAUAACUCUAAGGAGCAAAGCAAUACAACACCCCACCCCCCCAACUCUACCCCUUACUAAAGACCGAUAACGGUACAUUCCAUUCUGUAACGCAGCAACGGACCGACCGUCCGAGUCUUCCCGUGAUACAGCAUGAGAACUGCCGCGUACACACUGUACACACCUUGGGGGGGGGGGGGGGGGACGCCAUCCGUCUCUAUUCCAGUGUGAAGCCAUGCACUCCCAGUUUGUUUACUAUGCAGGAUGGCGUACUUCCACACACACCGCUCAGUUACUGAACUGGUGAAGUGUGUGUGUGUGUGUGUGUGUGUGUGUGUGUGUGUGUGUGUGUGUGUGUGUGUGUGUGUGUGUGUGAACUCUUAACUCUAGGAUUGAGCUCACUUAUUAUUAGAGACAUAGAGACACACUGAUUUUAUUAUUUUUUUUUCCUCUCUAUUCUCUUCUUCCUCGUUGUUCACGUCCUCACUCUCGCUCGUCUGCGACACGACAUGCAAAACAUUCAGGACAACAUUCACUCACGUCUCCAGUCGACGUGAAUAAAUACCACAAAGCUGUUACUGUAAAUUCUCUAACCCCGAUUAGCCAGUAGGUGUAAUACGUUACCGUUUCUAUAGCAACAAGCUACACAGAGACGUAAGUCAGUGACAAGGUAACGGUUUCUCUAAGGUGAUGUUUGUUUAAUAUUUAUUGAAGGAGUCUCCAGUGGCACAUGACCAGCGAGCCAUAACGUGACCGGCGAGCGGCCGACGAGGAAAGAGAAGAGCUGUUUAUUUCUGUUCUGCCGUAGGAGCGUUAUACAACAUUAGUGUAGCUAUAAAUGAAUAAAAAGUACGACACGGUCCUGUAGCUGUCAGCACAGUGAAAUACAAACACUGAUUAGGUUCCACUUACUGCAGUUCCUCGUACCACUACUUUUUUUUUCUCGACUAAAAUAAAACUCUUUCUUUAUUUAAUUAACGACAACAAAAUUUUAAAGUCUAAUAAAUACGCAUGUCUAAAAAUAUUCUUUAGCCUUGCAGCCAGACACCAGAUAUGCGAUUGUGACCGAUCUCAUGGAGAACGACGUGACCGCACACUUUUCUGUAGAUUUGUAAACUAACAAGCAACUUAUUUUUGUAGAAAUUCUAAUCAGUGUGAAUUUUUUUUUUUUUUAAUAAAAGAGAGUUUUUAAGCAGGCCUUAAAGUUGAAAUAUUAAAGGUAGCCAUUUGCAAACAUGGGAAAGUGUUUAACAUUAAAAACAAAAAAAAAUUCGGAAAUGUUGUGGAAGAAUUCAGAACGAUUUCUGAGUCGAAAUUAAAACGCUUUCACUUUCGCACUUUACACGUCGUCCAUCUUGAGGGAUUCAAUGCAUCGAGUCAUACAUCGUGUUUCUCUUUUGUUAAAACUUUCAUGCAGAAAUUAGUAAAAACUGAAGGGGGGAAAAAUGAGGUUUUUAGAUUUUAUUAUUUCAAAUUUCAUUAAAAUAUUUAUUGUUAAUAAUUUGUCAUUUUCUAGACAAAACAUAGAACGUUUUCAUUUUUAAAUUCAUCUUCAAUCUAGAUUCACUGUAGUCUGAGAGAGAGAGAGAGAGAGAGAGAGAGAGAGAGAGAGAGAGAGAGAAAUCUAUAUUUGUAUUUCAUUUUGUGGAUAAAGUUUGUCAAAUUGUUCUAGAGAGAAAAACAAUCGAGGGAUCGGAUUUCUUAACUGUAAAACAAACCACAGAAAGUUUUCAUAUCACGACGGCUUUUUCCGUCUCGUCUUUUGUAAGCGUCUGAUAUUCCUGUCGUCUCAUCCAGCCUUAACGUUUACACGCUGUUCAGAAAACAUUCAGAUCUUAGCGUCGUGUAUCUUUGGUAUCGUGUGAGGUUGUUUUUUUUUUUUUUUUUACCUUGGGGGGGUGGAGGGGGGCAUUGUCAUCGGUGUGUCUCUAUUCUCUCUGAUCAGACCCUGUUCAAUGCCAAAUGCCGGAGUGAUGAUGUCGACGAGGGCGUGGCAUUCUGCCGUGUGCUUCCUGUGCGAUGGGGUGAUGUCGUGCUCGCCCCGGGUCAAUAGGGCGCGUCCCAAACGAUAUCCUUCCACCCUAAUUGUAGUGUUAAUGUACGUCAUCUCACAUCACGUGAUCGUUUGAAGUGUCCCGAAGCCCAGAUUCAUAGCGCAUUAUAACGGCUUAUAAAUGUAAACAAUGUGUUAAUUUCCUUGUCAGAACACAGUCUGCCAAGGUCGUGUGUAUAAUAAAGCCCGAACUCGCUCAUAAUCCUGUUAUAAUGCUCUCAUAAGGAAAAAUGCCCAUUGUUAUAACUGUGUAUUACAAUUUAUUAGACUUGAUAGAGCUUUAUCGUGCAUUGGACAGCCAUAACAUGACUCAUUAUAAGAAGAUAUAAUGUGUUAUAAAGUGUUUAUCGUCAGGCACAAUUCCGUGUGUGAUACUUCAUGAGUGCAUUAUAACAUGAACGGAUGAGGUGAAUAUGGCCUUCAUAGGAAGUGCUACUGUGUUCUGUGACUCUUCAUAACACUGCUCGAGCACAUUAGAACCCGGGGUUGUGUGCUGUAAAGGGUUUAGUGGUAUUACUGAGUUUGUAUUAACAGUUAUAAAAUCCUUAUUAACCUUUAAAAUGAAAAUAUCAACAUUCUUUUAGAAAACAACGUAAUAAGUCCUGUAAUAAGUAAUGUUUACUCUGUCUGUUUAUACACUAGGUAUUUAUUUACACCUAUUUUUAGAUGUGGAAGUUUGUGAAAAUUUAUUUAAAUAAAUGUAGGCCGGACACGUGUGUGCUUAACCAAGGAGAGACAGGUGACCUGUGUGUGAGAGUUGUGUGAGAGUUGUGUGAGAGUGGUGUGAGUGAGUGAGUGAGUGAGUGAGUGAGUGAGUGAGUGAGUGUGUGUGCGCGCGCGAGUGAGUGUGUGUGCGCGCGCGAGUGAGUGUGUGUGCGCGCGCGAGUGAGUGUGUGCGCGCGCGCGAGUGAGUGUGUGCGCGCGCGCGAGUGAGUGUGUGCGCGCGCGCGAGUGAGUGUGUGUGUGCACGAGUGAGUGUGUGUGCACGAGUGAGUGUGAGUGCGCGUGUGUGUGUGUUUGUGAGUGUGCGUGUGUGUGAGAGAGUGAGUGAGUGUGUGUGUGUGUGUGUGUGUGUAUGAGUGUGUGUGUUGCUAACAUUACUGUAGGUUGCUUUACAGGACUAGAAGUGUAGUCCAGGACGCCUCUGUCCAAACAAACUUUGUGAUAAUUGAGUUAGAACAGCUUUUUGUUUAUUUAUUUAUAAUAUUUAUUUAUUUAUGUAUAGUAACAUUCUAAUUCCACAGCAAGGCUCUUGAGUGAGAGAUUUACUUCCAUCACAGAACAUUAAAUGUAACUGGUUAAAAAAUUCCAAGCGUCGUUUGGUAAUAAAUCACAAAUUACAGCGUCGUAAGAGGAAUAAAACACCUGUAUAGGACAAUGAUCUACUUCAGGGUCGGUCAACGGGACCGUUUCAUUAACCCACGACUGCUUUAGUUCAUUUUUGAUAAACAGCAUGAGCUUUAUUAAUCCAGCUUUAUAAGCCUUUAUUAGCGUUCAUAACAAUGACUCAGCUAUGGGUUUGGGCUUCAUCUUCACUGAUGUGUGUGUGCAGCAUGUUACCAGCAUUCGAGCGUUUGGGACGUGGCCCUUGGGGGAGGGGGGGGGGGUUCCUGUAACCUGCUCGGUUGAAGUGCUUCCUGUUUCUGUAUUCAAGCUGCAAAUGGAGAUUAAGCUAAUAAACACUACAAGACCAGUCAUCGUAAGCAACUUUUUAGACACCUUUUUUUUUUUUUAAAAAAACGGUGAAAGUUCUUCCUUACACUUGAGUCUUUUGAAUAAUGUUGUUGUUGUUGUUGUUGUUUAUUAGUUUUUAUUUUCUUUAUAAUUCCUUUCUUUUUAUUAUAAAAAUGGAGUGCCUUUUAAAUUCCCACAUUUCCUCUCCUGAUUUUAGAGCCAUGUCUUGCUCGUGACCUUUCACCUACUGCAGCAUUCCACGAAGUAAAAAAUAAAAAAAAAGUUGAAAAAAAAAUAAAGAAAUCUAUUUAACAAAACCAAUUUAAUCAUAUCAGACCUGUGAUUUAACUGUCACCAAUGAUUGUGUGUGUAUGUGUGUGUAUAUCUGUGCUUAUUUAUAUAUAUACUGUAUGUACAGCAUGAUUUUUAUUCCCGCCGAAUUAUUUCUUUCUUUUUUUUUUUUUUUUGCACUUUCCAGGUACGACCGGUUGUGAAAAAGAGUUUUGAAAUGAGUGUCUCCCUGUUCUGUACAGAUUUGAAAAAAAAUAUGCUUUGUAUACACACUCAGAAAAUGAUUAUUAAAGUUGUGUUGAAAGUCA